ACGCGAUACGGCUCCAACUGACGACGGAACAUCGACGACCCACGACAUUCAUUUGACAACCCAUCCGUGAAGCUUCAGCCUCGAGAUUCCGCAUCAGGACGUUAGGCAUCACCGCAAAACUGCCCACCAUGACGCGCGCCCAGCAGACCAUCUCCCUCGCUCUCCUCGUUGGCUCCCUCUACCUUGCGCUCUUCCUUGAGCUUGUGCCUCUUCCCUCCAUCGUCCAGGAGCAGGUUGUCCCGGUCCUUCCCUUCUGGUUCGUCGUCUCCUUCGGCGCCUACCUCCUCGCCCGCCUGGGCUUCAACGUCAUGACCUUCAACGACGUCCCCGAGGCCCACAAGGAGCUCAUGGCCGAGAUUGAUCUCGCCAAGGUGGACCUGCGCGCUCUGGGUGUGGAUGUCGACUAAGGGAAGCAAAGGAGAAGGAGAACACGGGGAGGCAGCAAAAGAAGCAGGCACGGUCAGGCUCAUACGGAGAGAGUCCAUGUUGAAAGUAAUGGUAAAAAGAAAUGGUACCAGCAGCGGAGCUGCUCUGGCGCCGCCUACGGGUUGGUCUAGAGUUUCUGUUGCUCCCGAGGUCGCUUGACACCUUGCAAUCUCGCCAUCUUCAAUCACUUGCUC